UAGCUUCGAAGAAGAUACGAGGGCCGCUGCUCCUCGCAGUCUCUCUGGGACCUGCAGUGAUUUGCUGUCUUCACUGAAAGAAAACUUCUUCUCUGUUCUUUCGUAAAAGAAACAGUCUUGCAUCCCCUCUUUCUCUCUUUCUUUUGUUCUCCCUCUCUUGUUUGUUCUUGUCCUGUUCUGCCUGUCGCUGUGCUUCGCGUUCUCCUGCUUGUUCUCGCUGGUGCGUUUCCUCUCUGUCUUCGCUCUGUGUCUCUUGUGCGCUUGUCUCCUGCGCGGCUUUCUUCUCGGCGAGGGAACUCCAGGUGUCUUGGCGUCGCGAGAAAGACGCGUUCGUUUUCGCUGCGUUUCUUCUCUUUUGUCGGCCAAAGAGCACUGUGGAGGCGACGGGGACGGGGAGUCCGCACACCCUGAGGAGUUCGUACGAAGAGGCUUUUUGGACCUGUGUUCCCCCCGCGAUCCGUUCUUGAGUCGAGACUUGCGUUCGACCGGCGGUUCGAUUCCUUUUCGUGCACUCUCUCAGCUCCAGUCCUGGCCUCCGCCUCACGACAAAGCGUCGUCGAGAAGCCGGCUGUCUGCCUGCUGCAUGCGCCUAUACACCACACCGCGUCCGGAGGAGUGACUACACAGGUGUGUCUGCGCGUCCUCUUUUGCGGCUUUUCGCUGUCGCGUUAGCGCAUGUCCGGCGAGAGCCUAGCCGCCGAAAGGCGAGUUCUUUUCUCUUUUCUUGCUUCGCUUGAAACCAGGCGGCAUUCCACGCUUCCCUUUCCUCCGGGGGCGACUUCCAGUGCGGUUCUCUCCACACCCGGCGACGCUCGCGCCGCUGCCUCGCUUGUCCGCAGAAGGCGCAGGAAAAGAAGAGGAGUGAAGCGAAAAGACGAAAAGAGGAGAAGAAGCGACGAAGAGAACGAGCGAAGAAACGCCGACCUGUGCAGAGCGAGGAACGCGCCGCUUGGCUCGGAGGCAGCGCCUUUUUUCCGACUCUCGACCGCCUCUCCACUGGUGCCGCCGGUUUGUCGAUCCUCGAUAGGUUUUUCGUUCUCGUUUUCCUCUUUUUUACGAACCGUGAACGCAGACGCCACACUCAGCACUUCCCGUCUUGUUGGCCAGGUCGACGCAUGGUCCUCGCGCCCAUCUCGCCGUGAGAUUCCACUGUCCGAUUGCCUUUCCUUCCCUCUAAAGACAGAAGAGUUUGGACUGGCUCUGCGCGUCUGAGAAAUCCGACGUCUUCGCUUCUCUCCUUCCAUUCUCCGUCCUCUGCGUCGCCUUGCUCUUCUCCGUCUCCCUGGUCUCGCUCUCUUCCUCUCUCUUUUCUCUCUUCUCUCUCUUUUUUCUCUCUCUUUUUUCUCUCUCUUCUACCUCUCGUUGUGCGAGCGCGCUCGCUUCUUCUCCCCUCCUGCCUUUUCUUCCUUUGUGCUGCUUCUCUGUCUCUUCCGCUGCUCGUCGGAGGCCUCCGAAAUCCUGACGCGAACGCCUCGGCCGCCGGUCUUCCUUCGCAGACGAGAUGGACAGCGCAGCAGUAUGGAGCGACGAGAGCGAGGACGUCGCGACUGCCGAGUUGGCCGGACUCAGUGCCUCGGAUCUCCGCAUGCGAACGUCGAUGAUCGACAGCGAAGUUCGCAUCCUCAAGAGUGAAGUGAAUCGCCUUCGUUUCGAGCUCCACUCCAUGCAGGAGCGUAUCAAGGACAACCGGGAGAAGAUUCGCCUUAACCGCCAGUUGCCGUAUCUGGUUGCGAACGUUGUGGAGCUUUUCGACAGCGAAGAUGCAGAGGAGGAGGAAGAGGAUGGUGCUGUCGGAGACAUCGACGCCCAAAGAAAAGGCAAAUGCGUCGUGAUCAAAACUUCUACUCGCCAGACGAUUUUCCUCCCCGUGAUUGGCCUGGUCGACCACACACUGCUCAAGCCGGGCGACUUGGUGGGUGUGAACAAAGACAGCUACCUCGUCCUCGACAAACUCCCUGCAGAGUACGACAGUCGUGUGCGUGCGAUGGAAGUCGACGAACGACCCCAAGAAGAGUACAACGACGUCGGCGGCUUAGACAAGCAAAUUCAGGAGUUGAUCGAAGCAGUGGUGCUGCCGAUGACGCACAAGGAACGAUUUGAAAAGAUUGGCAUUCGACCUCCGAAGGGUGUUCUCAUGUAUGGUCCUCCGGGAACUGGGAAGACGCUUUUAGCUCGUGCCUGCGCUGCACAGACGAAAGCCACGUUCCUCAAGCUCGCAGGGCCUCAGCUGGUGCAGAUGUUCAUUGGAGACGGUGCCAAGAUGGUUCGCGACGCGUUCGAACUUGCCAAGGAAAAGGCGCCGGCCAUCAUCUUCAUCGAUGAAUUGGAUGCGAUUGGCACGAAGCGUUUUGACAGCGAACUUUCAGGCGACCGUGAAGUGCAACGCACCAUGCUUGAACUCCUAAACCAGCUGGAUGGCUUUAGCAGCGACGAUCGCAUUAAAGUGAUUGCGGCGACGAACAGACCGGAUGUGCUAGAUCCAGCGCUCCUCCGUUCAGGACGCCUCGACCGAAAAAUUGAGUUGCCGCAUCCAAACGAAGAAGCUCGAGAAAGAAUUCUCCAAAUCCACGCAAGAAAAAUGAACGUCAACAAAGAAGACGUGAACUUCCGCGAAUUAGCUCGCGCGACAGAUGACUUCAAUGGAGCUCAGCUGAAGGCGGUCUGCGUCGAGGCAGGGAUGGUGGCUUUGCGUCGAGGAGCCUCUGAGCUUUGCCAUGAAGAUUUCGUGGAAGGCGUCGCGCAAGUUCAAGCGAAAAAGAAGUCUUCUCUCAACUACUUCACUUAGAAAAGGAACGCGCGGAAAUCGGCCGUUCCCCGUCUCGCCACAGACGCUGAAAUCCUCUUCACAGGCCACCGACCUUCCUCAACAGACGCUGCUCUCACAUGCACUUGGAAGAUUCCCUGCAUGUAUGUUUGAGAGCUCUUCCGCUGUGUUCGGAGUCUGCGCGGGAGGUUUAGGUGGAUGUUCAAUCUCUCGGAACUCCGGCGGCCAAGUGCGUUUCCCAGUUCCGUUUCUUGAGGAAAGAGGAAUUCUCGGUGGCGCCGUCGCUCUCUUCACGCUGUGUGUCUCCGGACUGGUGUUCCCCGUGAGGGAUAAGUUCAUCUGCAUCUUGCAUGUGGUGCCUCAGUCUUUUGCGCCUUUCUUUCAGUGAGAGAAAUUCAAAAGAGAAACAGAUUCGGAAACCAACUUUGGAGACGCUCGCGCCCGUGCCCUGCAAAUUG